UCGUUGUUAUGGAAAGAAAUGGGGCAUUUUUCAUCGAAAUUUGACAAAAGAUGAGAAAGAUAACACGUUUUGUCGGCAAAUCAAAAUAUCCAUUAAGCUUUCAACAGGCGGUCGAGAGUUAAUGGUUAUUUGAAUGACUUUAAAAUCCACAAUGGACAACUAUACUAUAUUGGGAAGAAUAGGAGAAGGUGCUCAUGGAAUAGUUUUAAAAGCCAAACACAUUGAGAGUGGUGAAAUCGUAGCUCUGAAAAAAAUUCCAUUAAGAAAUUUAGAAGAUGGCAUACCAAACACAGCCCUCAGAGAAAUCAAAGCUUUACAAGAAAUUGAAGACAAUCCGUAUGUAGUAACAUUACGUGAUGUUUUUCCUCAUGGUUCUAUGAUAGUGCUAGUGUUUAAUUAUAUGUUGUCUGAUCUAUCAGAAGUCAUCAGAAACAGCGACAAACCAUUGACAGAGGCUCAAGUCAAAUCCUACAUGCUGAUGUUAUUAAAGGGAGUGGCCCAUCUUCAUGAAAAUCAUAUCAUGCAUAGAGAUUUAAAGCCAGCUAAUCUAUUGAUAAGUGCUACAGGACAUUUAAAGAUAGCAGAUUUUGGUCUAGCUAGGGUGUUUCAGAAUAAAGGAGAGAGGCUUUAUAGUCAUCAGGUGGCCACAAGAUGGUACAGAUCUCCAGAGUUAUUGUAUGGUGCUAGAAAAUAUGACGAAGGCGUAGAUUUAUGGGCUGUUGGCUGUAUUUUUGGUGAAUUAUUAAACAACUCUCCCUUGUUCCCGGGAGAAACAGAUAUAGAACAGUUAUGUUAUGUUUUACGGGUGCUUGGAACCCCCACAGAGAAAACAUGGCCAGGGAUGACUGAUCUGCCAGAUUAUCAUAAAAUAUCAUUUGAACAUAACCUCGCUAUUCCAUUUGAAGAUAUAGUAGUAGAUGGCACACCUAACGCUCUAGAUCUUUUAAAAAGAUUCCUUGUGUAUCCAUCCAAACAGAGGAUAUCAGCUAAAGAGGCAUUACUCCAUCCAUAUUUUUUCACGGAGCCCUUGCCUGCUCAUCAUUCUGAAUUACCAAUACCUCAGAGAACUCGGCGUCUAGGUCUUCAACACAAACAUCAGCAGUACGAAUAUAACGUAGAUUUACCGCUAGAAGAUACACUGAUAGAUCCUGAUUUGAUAGCACCUCAUAUAGCUAACUAUAGUCAAUAAAUUACUUAAAU